AUGGCAUCAGUAGCGGCAUUAUCCUUAAUCCUCCUCCGAGGCGGCACCCUCCUCUUCCAUGAUGAUAAGGAUCACGUGAACCCCCUCCGCAACACAGACAUCCUGAUCCAAGCCAACCGCAUCGCCAAGAUCGGCAAGGGCCUCGUCGCGCCGGCCGGCACCGAGCUCGUCAACUGCAGCGGCAAGAUCAUCAGCCCUGGCUUUGUCGACACGCACCAUCACCUGUGGCAGACGCAGCUCAAGGGAUGUCAUGCCGAGCAGUCUGUUUUCGACUACCUGGUGACGGGCUUCUGGCAGAGUUAUGCCUAUAAGCCGCGGGAUAUGUACUGGGGACAGCUCGGAGGAGCUUUGGAGGCGAUCGACGCUGGGACUACGUUUGUACUGGACUAUGCCCACGGCAACCAGACUAAUGAACACGCAUCUGGCAUCCGGUCAAUCUUUGCUUACUCUUACCCUCCCUACUUUACCAAAUGGGACUUAAGAACAUGUGAGCUAUCGCGCGAUAUCUUGCUAGAUUCAAGCAUGGCGCACAUUUUCGGGCUCGCCAGGUCCCAGCCGUACGGGAACGGCAGGGAGGCUGUCGUGGGCAUCUUUUCCGGGCUGCGCCAGGCGGGAAUCAAGCUGUUUAUAUCUCACUAUGCUAAGAACCCGGCUCUGGGAAGCAACCCGUUGAUCUCUACCCUCGAGUCAUAUGGCCUCAUCAAGUCGCCCAGCGAUAUUCUCUUGUCGCACGCGACUGGCCUCGACGCUAAAGAGGUGGCCAAGUUGGUCGAGACUAAGGUUCUAAUAUCGAGCACUCCGGAUACGGAAGCCCAGAUGGGAUUUGGCUGGCCAGUUGCUUUCAUAUCGGGCAUCAACACCACGUUUGGCGUAGACUGCCAUACCAGCAGCACAAGCUCCAUCCUCGCUCUCGCCAGGUCUGCGUCGCAUAUGGCACGCCAGCAGGAUGCUGUGGCCGAGACGGAAAAUGGCACUGGCGCUCCUCGCCGGAUGCAUCUCAACCCGAGAGGCAGCACCCAGGAGGCGUUUAACGCGGCCACGAUCAACGGAGCGCGUGCAGUCCUUCUAGGAGACCAGAUUGGCUCAAUCAAGGUGGGAAAACUAGCAGAUUUGGUCAUAUUCGAUGCACCCAGUAGCCCUUCAAUGAGCUGCGUCUCCGAGUCGGACCUAUUGGCAGCUGUUGUACGACACAGUGAUGUGCGAGAUGUCGAGGGCGUCAUUGUCGACGGAGUAUGGAGGAAGAAGAACGGCAAGAUCCGCCCGGUGACUGUCAAGGAGACGGGAGAGACGCUGGAGUGGUCGCAGAUUAGGGAUGAGCUGCUCAAGAGCCAGCGCGAUAUCCAGCAGAGGCAGAAGGGUCUGAACCUGGACAAGGCGAGGGAGGCGCUUGUUGCCAUGUUUUAUAUUGACAAGAGCAAGCUGAUUGAGAAGCCACGGGAUUGA